AUGGAUGCCACAAAUAUGAGCAAAAUUCGAGUUCUAAUGUUUCCAUGGUUAGCUUAUAGUCACAUACAAUCCUUCUUGGAGCUGGCCAAGAAGCUCUCAAAGAGAAACUUUUACAUUUAUCUUUGUUCAACUCCUGCUAAUCUUGCUCAUAUUAAAGUCAAAGAACCUUCAAUACAACUUGUAGAACUCCUCCUUCCAUCAACGCCUGAGCUUCCUCCUCACCACCACACAACCAAAGGCCUGCCCCGACAUCUCUUAAGCAACUUGAUGAAAGCCCUUGAUUUCUCAAGCUGUAGCUUCUCCGAAAUUUUGACUAGAUUAAAGCCAGAUUUGCUCAUUUCUGAUUUCUUACAGCCGUGGGCUCCGGCGAAGGCUUUGACACUCAAUAUUCCAACCGUUCAGUUCAUGGUUAGUGGGGCUAUGCCUUAUUGUCAUCUGCUUAAUAUCUUGAAGAAAUCAGGUACUGCUCUCCCCUUAAGGUCUAAUUAUAUACAUGAACGUGUUUAUGACAGUGAUAGCCUCACACUUGGAGACCGUCCUCUUCUAUGCUUAGAAGGAUCCUCUAAUGUCAUGUUGAUUAGAAGUUUUAGAGAGUUGGAAGGAAAAUAUAUAGAUGAACUUUCAGUGCAAGCCAUGAAGAAGAUUGUGCUAGUUGGCCCACUUGUUCAGGACCCUAGUGAGGAAGAAAAUGAGAAAACAGAAAUCAUAGAAUGGCUUAACAAGAAAAACCCAUCUUCAGUCUUGUUUGUUUCGUUUGGCAGUGAGUGUUAUUUGUCCAAGGAAGACAAAGAAGAGCUAGCACAUGGUAUAUUGCUUAGCAAUGUAAGUUUUAUAUGGGUGCUCAGGUUUCCUCAGGGAGAGAAAAUAAGCGCAGAAGAAGCAUUGCCAGAGGGUAUUACUGGAGAAAAGGGAUUGAUCAUUGAGGGCUGGGCUCCUCAGAAGAGAAUUUUAAGUCAUCCUAGCAUAGGUGGGUUUUUGAGUCAUUGUGGAUGGGCUUCUAUAAUGGAAAGCAUGAAAUUUGGUGUUCCUAUAGUAGCGAUGCCUAUGCAUGUUGAUCAACCAUCUAAUGCUAAACUUUUAGAGGAGGUUGGUAUUGGUUUGAAAAUCAAGAGAGAGCCGAGUGGUAAAAUUGAAAGGGAAGAGGUAGCAAAAGUGGUCAGAGAAGCGAUGCUGGAGGAACCGGGAGGGCCCGUGAGAAGGAAAAGCAGAGAAUUGAGUGAUGGCAUGAAAGACAAAGGAGAUGAAGAUAUAGGUGAGGUAGUAAAAGAGCUUGUUAAACUUUGUGGCUUGGAAGCAAAUGGCUAUGUUUAG